AGGAGAUUGGACGUUUCUGACAUCACGAGACGAGCUCGACGGAGCCCAUUAAUUAAUUGAUGUUUUCUAUCUAAAGCCCCAAGUUGGUAAUUUCCUCUUCUGUACACUCACUUGGACUCUGUUAUGGUGGAAGUCUUUCACUAUUUACGUCCUUUUCUCCGAACCGGAGCAACAUCAUGCAAGCUAGGAGACACCUUAUUUCAUCUGCCAGACGGCUUGCUGGCCCACACUCGAGGUCUCUGCGGCCUCUUUCAAGAGCCAUUCUCACCGAGACAGCUACAUUAAGGAUCGCUCCCCUUCUACCCAUUGUAGCCGUAAGGAAUUACGCAAAUGGCCGCGGCCCUCAUCCACCCGGGGGUACCCAUCGUAUGAACUUGGGAGGAGAGCCCGAGAAACCAGCACUAGAGCAGUACGGCAUCGACCUGACGGCCAGGGCGAGAGAGGGUAAACUCGAUCCGGUCAUUGGGCGAGAUUCGGAAAUUCAGCGUACUAUUCAGAUCCUCUCACGUCGGACCAAGAAUAACCCUGUCCUCAUCGGAAAUGCCGGCACUGGCAAGACGGCUAUCCUCGAGGGACUUGCUCUCAGGAUAAUAAGAGGUGAUGUUCCUGAGAGCAUCAAGAACAAACGGGUCAUCUCCCUCGAUCUUGGGUCACUCAUCGCGGGAGCAAAGUUUCGCGGCGAUUUCGAGGAACGGUUGAAAAAGGUCCUGGAGGAAGUCCAGAAGGCCGGAGGACAAGUCAUCCUUUUUAUUGAUGAAUUGCACGUCUUGCUCGGCCUCGGCAAGGCCGAAGGCUCGAUUGAUGCCUCCAACCUUCUGAAGCCAGCCCUCGCGCGUGGUGAGCUCCAAUGCUGUGGCGCCACCACGCUUACCGAAUAUCGACAAAUCGAAAAGGACGUCGCACUUGCGAGACGUUUCCAACCCAUUAUGGUCAACGAGCCGACCGUUCAGGAUACCAUCAGCAUCCUACGUGGGAUCAAAGACAAGUAUGAAGUGCACCACGGUGUCCGAAUCACCGAUGGUGCUCUAGUCGCCGCUGCCACCUACUCGAACAGAUACGUCACAGACAGAUUUCUACCAGACAAAGCGAUCGACCUGAUGGACGAAGCUGCUAGCCAUCUUAAGCUUCAGCACGAGUCCAAACCCGAAGACAUCAUGGCGUUAGACCAGAAGAUUAUGACAAUUCAGAUCGAGCUGGAAAGCUUACGCAAAGAAAAGGACGUUGCUAGCCGGGAGAGGAGAGAGAAGCUCGAGGGGGAUCUGAAAAAGCUUCAAGACGAGAUUGCCGAGCUGAACGUUCGGUGGGAGAAGGAACGCGCUGAGAUUGACGCUGUCAAGAGAGCGCAGGAAGAACUCGACAAGGCCAGGGUUCAACUCGAGAUGGCCCAGCGCGAGGGUAAUUUUGGACGAGCCGGCGAGCUACGAUACAGCGUCAUCCCAAUGCUAGAGCAGAAAAUCCCGAAAGACGGGCAGCAGAACGAAGGCACCUUAAUUCACGACGCCGUCACAGCGGACGACAUUGCAGCAGUUGUUUCACGCAUCACCGGUAUCCCGGUUUCGAAACUUACCUCCGGCCACAUCGAGAAGCUAGUCCACAUGGAAGACACCCUGCGCGAGUCCGUUCGCGGUCAGGAUGAGGCGAUCAGAGCCGUCUCCAACGCCGUCCGUCUGCAGCGGGCUGGCUUGUCCGGCGACAACCGGCCCCUUGCAUCUUUCUUCUUCUUGGGACCAACGGGCGUGGGCAAGACUGAGCUGUGCAAGAAGUUGGCCGGAUUCCUCUUCUCUACCGAGUCGGCCGUUGUAAGAUUCGACAUGUCGGAGUUCCAGGAGAAACACACCAUCUCUCGCCUCAUCGGUGCCCCAUCAGGCUACGUCGGCUACGAGGAUGCGGGCCAGCUGACCGAAGCCGUGCGCCGGAAGCCGUACGCCGUUCUUCUGUUCGACGAGUUUGAGAAGGCCCACCGCGACAUCUCGGCUUUGCUCCUUCAGGUGCUGGACGAGGGGUACCUUACGGACGCGCAGGGUCAUAAGGUCGACUUCAGAAACACCAUCAUUGUUCUUACCUCGAAUCUCGGUGCUGACAUCCUUGUUGGCGCCAACCCCAGUGUUCCGUACACCGAAACAGAAGACGGCGACGUCGGCCCCGACGUCCGCAAGGCUGUCAUGGAUAUCGUGUCGUCCGCAUACCCACCGGAAUUCCUGAACCGCAUCGAUUCGUUUAUCAUUUUCAAGCGUCUCGCGCUGGAUGCGAUCCGUGACAUCGUCGACAUCCGGCUACGGGAGCUCCAGUCUCGACUUGAGGACCGCAGGAUCACGCUGCAGGUGCCAAACGACGUCCGUGACUGGCUCGCAGAGAGGGGCUAUGACCCUCGGUUCGGCGCGCGGCCGCUGAACCGCCUCAUCACGAACGAGAUUGGGAACGGCCUCGCUGACAAGAUUAUUCAAGGCGAUUUGAAGAUGGGCGAGACUGCAGUGGUGAGCAUCAAAGAGGAUGGUUCGGGCCUGGUAGUCACAUCUGCGGGACCGGCGACGGCUCCAUCAGCUGAGUCCGCGGCGGAGGAAGCGUCUUAGUUUUUGCUGGCCAAGGUUUGCGUGGUGAUUUGCGAUUUCGGGGCGUUUCGCGGGAUUAGGGCGACGGGAAAUUGCACAGACUUAUCAGUCCGGUUUAUGUAUACCACUUGUUUGUGUAUUGUUGUUUAUACGAUGUUGAAAUACCUACCACUCAAUGUAGACUGUAUAAUGAGAAUUAG